GAUUGAUGCAUAUUGACUUCCUGUUCACAACUAGUAAAGCUCUUUUGUUAUAAUGUCCUCCCCUCUUUAGAUCAACUCAGAGAAAGACAUGGAGAUCAAUUGUUUUAGCCACGAACAUCCAUUGGUGCUUGUGGAUCCAGUGACGGGUGAUGAAGGGUUUAAAGAUUAUUGCUCUGGAUGCCAUGAAGUGGUAGAGGGUUCUUGCUACAAUUGCGGUAAGUGCGGAGUUUUCCUUCACAAGAAAUGCGCGGAGCUACCGCGUGAGAUCAAUCAUCCCCUCCACCACCUGCAUCCUCUUGUCCUUUCUAAGUUGCCAUAUGGUUCCUUCGGAGGGUUUUGCUGUCAUAUUUGCAGGAAAGGUAAUGGAUUUUCUUACAACUGCUCCUCUUGUAACUUUGACCUUGAUCUUAGAUGUGCAAUGUGUCCACAAUUUGUCAAAGGAGAUUUUCAAAAGCUUCAACAUUUUAGUCACGACCAUCCACUGAUCUUUGUUGAAGAUAUUGAUUUUCACGACCAUCCACUGAUCUUUGUCGAAGAUAUUGAUUUUGCGAGGACCAUAGUUUGCUCAGGAUGUCAGAGACCGAUGUCUAGUCCUUUCUACUGUUGUCUUGAUUGCACAUUUUAUCUUCACAAGAAAUGUGCAGAGUUGCCUCUAGAUAUCAGUCACCCUAGCCACCGGAAGCACCCUCUUUUUCUUUUGGCCAAACCUCGACUACAUCAAGAGAAAUGUUCUUGCUUCUUUUGCAUUUCUGAUGGGGGAUUUGUUUAUUACUGUUCUCUUUGUGAGUUUGGUAUUCGAGUUAAAGAUACUUUUAGCCAUGAACAUUUAUUGCUGCUCGUGGAAGAUAUAAGUGAUGAAAGUGGACAAGCUAAUUGCUCUAGAUGCAGGGACCCGAUACAGGGUUCUAGAUAUAGCUGUGAAAAGUGCAGUUUUUUCCUUCACAAGAAAUGUUUUGAGCUACAGCUCGAGAUCAAUCAUCCCUUACACCUCCAGCAUCCUCUUAUUCUCUAUGAUGAUCAAGUGCCACUGCCAAUAAAUCAUUUUAGGUUUUGUUGUAAUGUUUGCAUGAAAAAGACUGGGUCUACAUAUCGAUGCACUUCUUGUGAUUUUAACCUUGACAUAAGUUGUGCUGCGCACCCAAAACUCAUAGCUGGAGAUUUUCAAAAGCUUCAACAUUUUAGCCACUGUCAUCCAUUGAUCUUUGUUGAAGAUAUUGAUUUUGAUGAUGUUUGCUCGGGAUGUCAGAAACCAAUGUCAAGUCCUUUUUACUGUUGUCCUUAUUGCAAAUUUUACCUUCAUAAGAAAUGUACAGAAUUGCCUCUUGAGAUUAAUCACCCUUGUCACCGAAAACACUCUCUUCUUCUUUUGCCUAAUCCCCCACCACAUCAAGAGGAAUGUUCUUGCCAUUGGUGCGAAGAAUCUUAUAGGGGAUUUGUUUAUUAUUGUUCUCUGUGUGAGUUUGGCUUCAAAGCUACAGAUGCAUUUUUGGAAACAAUUAUAGCUAAAACUCACGAACAUCCAUUAAACCCCAUUUCAGCUACAAUUUCAUUUACUUGCAAUGCCUGUGGAAUCGAUGGGAAGCAGUUUUGCUUUACAUGUACCAAAUGCAGCCUUAUUGUACAUACAGAUUGCAUUUCAGUUCAACGCACCAUCAAAAUUACAAGGCAUCGUCAUCGACUUUCUCACAUCUAUUUCCUUCGAGAAAAGGAAACUAGAAGAAGGGAAUGCAAUAUUUGUCAUGAUGAAGUGAAUGUGGAAUAUGGAAGUUACUUUUGUUCAGAUUGCAACUAUUUUGCUCAUGUAAAUUGUGCAAUUGAUAAAUAUCUUUUGGAAGAAGAUAAAGAAGAGGGUGAGGUUGAAGAUGAAAAUCAACUGUCAAAUGACUUGAGCGACAUCUCUUGUGCUUUCAGGGGAAUCAAACUUGGAGAGAUAAAACAUUUCGCCCAUGAACACAACUUAAUUUUCAGUGAUCACGGGGCAGAGGAUGGAAAAAAUUGUGAAGCUUGCAUGCGUUCCAUUUCCACUUCAUUUUACUAUUGUGCACAAUAUGUGACUUUUGCCGUUUUUGGAGCAGCGGGUUUGGCUACCGCUGUGAUGCUUGUGAGAGCACCAUGUGCAUUCAUUGUCAUGAAAUUCUUGACACUUGUACUACUUGGAGACAUGAGCACCCCCUUUACUUCGACCACAAAUACAAGGGAAGGCCCAUUUGUCAAGCUGGGGUUACCAGUCAGGUAUGACAGACCUCACUCACACUCUGUCACUUUAGUGAGGAUAGAUUUUAACCCACCUUCGUGCAACGAGUGUGGUAAGCAUUGUAGAGAUCUGGCCCUUCAAUGCGUACAGUCGAAUUGCAGGUACAUAAGGCACUUUAAAUGUACAUCUACUCGGUAUGUCGUGAUAAAUACAUAAACUCUACUUUGUGUAUUGUGCUAAAUAUAUAAACCAAGGAGGUGGCACUGGUUUGUUAUUUUUCAUGGCGAUGAGAUGGAAUGCCCCUUAAUUAUGUAAUACAAUCUAAUUUGCUAU